AAGAAGAAGGAAACCGAUAUUUGGAUCUCCUGGAUCAACAUGACUUUGUGGUGAGUUUUCUUGAUCUGACGCUUGUUUGCAGAGCCAUGGGAUGUUUCUUCGCCUGCCUUCGCGUCAGAGACCGUGGCUCCCGCCCUCACCUCGUCUCCCCCUCUUCCAAACCCGCCGAACAUUCAGUUUCAGGAAACCGAUUAUCGUCUCUCUUUCUUGACGAAGACAGAGGAGAUUAUCCAUCCCAUGAUUUAAGGUCACAAAAAAAUGACAAAGAUCUCAAGGAUGAGGCAAAAUGUCAUUCCUCGCUGUCAAACACGUCCACUGAUAAGUUUCAGCUGGAUAAGCAACAUCAUCAGCCGCCAACUCCUAUCAAACUUUCCGAGGUCUUGGUGACGAGGUCAGAUUCCCCGGACAAUAUACCAAACAGUUGUAUAUCAAAUGCCGCAAACAUUGGGAGUUUCUCCGUUGAUUCUACUGAAGGCAGUGAAACGAUUACUGUUGAUAAAGCUGUUAAAAUUGAUAUUGAACCAACUUCAGCUCACGGAAGGAACAAGUCUGUGCGCUUUGAAUGCGAAUCUGAUGCUUCUUCUUCUUCUAAAUAUGGUGAUCAAAAUACAAAACAACUUGAAUUACUAGCUUCUCAAAGUGCAUCGAAGCCCUCGCCAAAUACAACCCCAUUAAAACUUUCUGAUGAAAUGCAAACCCCUGGAACAGCUUUUCCCUCAAAUGGGAAGAUUCGUAUCAGGUCUGAAGAUGUUCAUUCGGUUUUGAAUCCAGUUGAGAAUGCCGUUCUGUUGAAUGCAAAGAAGGAAGAGACAUUUAGCUCAAAAGAGAUAUUUGAAGAGCUGAAAGAAUCGCCUGAACGACCGGAAGAAGCCACACCCAAGGUUGGAGUAAAACAAACUUCUCUGAUGAAAGAGCCAGAAGAGGAAGGAAGCUUGUCUUCUUGGUUCAAGCCAAAACAGUAUACCAUUGAUGAUCAUAUUAGAAAUCUUCAGGCUACUUCUAGCAAAAUCCCUCCUUCUGGUAAAACCCUUGUGGACAGGCCCAUCAUCGGUAUGGUUGCUGCUCACUGGAAUGAGGAUAAAUCUUCGCGCUUCUCACCCAAAUGGUGGGAUGGGAAUGGAAUCCCAAAUUCAACUAAUAAAUACAAGGAGGAUCAGAAAGUGAGUUGGCAUGCAACUUCAUUUGAAGAGAGGCUGGAAAAGGCACUGUCUGACGAGAGUCUCAUCUCUCAGAGGAAUCAUGUUAACCGAACACCGAUGGCUUUUGACGAGAACGAUGAAAGCGACACUGCUCUGUCUCAGCUGAGACAUUCUCCACAUUCCAAGUCAGUUAUUUCAUUCUGAUGAUUAGCACUGUUAUUUUUCGUUUGAAUCUCAUUUUCAUAUUUAAUUAGCAUAGAUGUAAUUGAGCCUUUUUAAACCUGAAACAAGGGUUUAAAUUCUUGAAAUAUCAUGGCUGGUUUGUCUUGAGCGGUCCUUUUCUUGGGAAUCAUGCUCAGUUGGAUUGGGAUUUGCUUCAACUGUAUAUCAAUGGUUAUUUUGUAAUACUUGUCACCAUGGUAUAUACA